GGGUGUGACAGUUGAGUUUGAAGUUUGGCCUGUCCGAGUAGGCUUUGUUUAAGCGAAUCCGAGUAGGUUCAAGGGAAGAAAGUGCAGAAAAAUAUCAUCGCCGCCGUCAAAGACGGCGGUGGAUAUUUUUAGAACUUGACAGGCAGUAGUGUCGUUUCGCUGUGUGCGUGUCAUUCAACGCGGCUUAGCUUGAUCGGGGUGCGCGUGUCUGUCUUGGUUUGCUAAAGUGUGUUUUUGUGUGGCGGUGUUUACGGUGAAGAUCCCCGAGGGAGACAACGAAAGAACGAAAUCAAAACAAACCGUUGAACUCAACACAUACGUAUGGACCCAACGCCCAACCUCAGCAGCCAUGAUUUCCGGUAGAAACUACAAAAUCCUAACCUACAUCUUCGGAUGCAUUCACAUUUUCUUCAUUCUGGUCAUCCUGAGCCAGGCCGCGGUUCCCAUCGUAACCGACUGGAUCGCGGCCGUCUCGAUCACUUCACCGUGUGCCUUAAACAUCGUGUUCGCCCUGUUCUGGAUGAUCGGAACGGGUAUGCACCGCCCUCUGAUGAUAAACAUCUUCAAGUACUUCUCGUACGGCCAGAUGACAGUGAUAGCUGCACUGACGGUGUGGUUCGUCGUGCAGUGCGUCCUAAACGGGGGCCAGUUCCAUCUCUACCUCGUGAUCUUCAUCAUGAUGUCGUUGUUUGUUCUGUCAGUGAUGGAGGUUUUUGUGGCAACUGGUGCCCACCGUGCGGUGCUCGAGGAUCUAGUGGGUGCCCGGAUGCGAGCCGUCGAGAUGACCGAGUGGAACGGUUGAGUGAUGUUAGCCCUCGCACAGGUUAGUUUUAAGUGUCUUAUACUCAUGCGUAAUGUGCCCAAACGAAAAAAUCAAAAAAGCUUUAAAGUGUUGUGCUUCCUCAAGUGUCGAUGAAUCUGUGGUUUAAAUAAAAUUUAGUUGUCAAGUGCUGUAA